CGAAAAUAUCCUGCCCACAAAGAAAUAUGAAGACCUCACCUAAUAAAUACGGAGUAAUAUUCACAGAUCGAAUAGAUGCCAUCGGAUGUCGUAUGAAUUCCGCCAGGGAUCCGAACACAAUAAGCAAAGUUGAGUUUCUAUUGCGGCAAAUCAUUAAUCCAUUCCUUCUCUUCGACAAUAAUUAAUCGGAAGAGAAAGGAGAAGCAAGGCCACCACCAGGCUCUUAGGGUUCGUCCACGCGUGUUGCAUUCUAUUGGACUGUUUACCCGCCCCAUUUGGGUUUGUGUUUCGCCGCCCUGGUGCGGCGUUUCUUUCAAUCGACGCAGCUCUGCGUCGGAUUGCCGUGAUUUUGACGCAACUCGGGAUGGAUGAUCGUGACAGCGAGAAGAUAGUGGAAGAAGCGGGAGAGAGACGUAGGGAUGAUCAAGACAUGAUUAGCGUGCAGAGGUUAAACGCUCCAUCUGAUGGCAUGGUUUUGGGUCAUACGGCGGAUACGUUACUGAGAGAGGGUAUCAAUCGAGCGACAGUCCGACCUCCGCCUGAACCACCACCAUGGGUUGUACAAAGUGCUAGAGUCCGUGAAAGUUUUCCUAUUAAUUUUAAUCUGUUUGUCUUUUGUUUUCUGGUGUUCAUCUUUGUUGUUGGUUUUGACAGUUUGUUUGAGUUUUUAGCCUCUCGUUAUGUCAUUGGGUAUGGUUGGAUCUAUGGGAAUAGUUUUGGCUGUGUCAAGUCCACUACAUGGUUAGCGAUUCGUGUUGCUCUUUCAGGGGUGACCGUCUCAAAGUCUGAUCAUAGAGUUUACAGUCGUAGUUGUUGGAGUUCAGAUGGUGUCAGUUUUAUUUUCCCUUUGUCUGAUGUAACGAUCCCGGAUCUUUUGAUAUGAAUAGAUGCUUGUUUUGAUGAUAAAAUACAGAUCAGACUUUUA